AUGAAAUAUGAGACACUUAAAAAGGCUAUUAUUCAGCGAAUCACGCCUUCUGACAAGGUCCGUCUGCAGCAAAUAUUUAGUGAUCUGCAGCUAGGAUAUAGGAUGCCCUCAGCCAUGUUGCGCGAAAUGCAACGGCUCAUCGGCGCGUUCAACAUGGACGUAGGGAUUCUCCGCGAGCUGUGGAUGCAACGCCUUCCUGAAAGCACACAGGCUAUCCUUGCAGUAGCAAGUGACUUGCCCAUCACAGCAAUUGCAGAUCUAGCAGACCGCGUCAUCGAACGGCACCAGCCAGAGACUGAAACCAAAGCAUCUAAGCAGCUUUGCCCUAGCGCAACCACAACGACAGGCGCGAUUAGCCCGCCGCCGGCAAUAGACGCAUUAUCAUUGCAGAUAGCGUCGCUUCAGCGCCAGAUCGAGGAACUCACUUUAAACCGUAAGCAUCGCAACCGGUCUGGAUCAUCGCCCCGUCGCACAAAACCUGAUGCCACAGAUUACUGCUUUUACCACUCGCGUUUCGGUACUAAAGCCCGUAAGUGCGUACAGACGUGUAGCAACUCCGCUAUAGAUGAUCCGCCACGCCGGCAUGUAAUGGCCACGAACGUCAGCAAAGCUCAAAGUCGUCUCAUCUACAUUAGAGAUUAUAACUCGGAUACCCAGUUCUUAGUUGAUACCAGGGCGGAAGUCAGCGUCCUUCCCCCUAUACCAGGUGGGCCUACAGCUUCUCUGUCGACAAGCCCCACUGCUGCCAAUGGCACGCCAAAAGCCACCUACGGUCAUCGGUCGCUUACCCUAAACCUAGGUCUUAUGCGCACGUUCCACUGGGUAUUCACUGUCGCUGCAGUCCCCUUUGCCAUCAUCGGCAUUGACUUUCUCAGGCAUUUCAACCUAUUGGUCGAUGCGAAACGCCAGAUGAUAGUCGACACUGCAACAAAACUCAGUGUACGUGGCAUCACCGCCGAUGUCCCAUCUAUAUCCCCGGUCUAUGCAUUUCCCCAGACCUGGCCAGACUACGCUAAUCUAUUUUCUCCGUAUUCAAAACUCGUUCAGCCAAUGAACGCAGCUUUGCCUGUGGAAGCCCAAGUCACGCACCACUUACGGAAGAACGGCCCACCUGUGUCAUGCUGUCCACGCCGACUAUCGCCUGAGAAACUAAAGCUAGCUAGGGCGGAGUUUGAGCAAAUGCUUGAACUUGGAAUAAUCCGCCCUUCUGACAGCCCUUGGUCCUCACCCCUGCAGAUGGUGCCCAAGAAAUCUGGUGACUGGCGCCCUUGCGGUGAUUACCGCGCACUCAAUCGUCUAACCGUCCAAGAUAGGAAUCCCAUCCCACACGUGCAGGACCUUACCGCAAGCCUCACAGGUAAGACGAUCUUCAGCAAGAUCGAUCUGGUUCGCGCUUACCACCAGAUACCUGUGAAAGACAAUGACAUUCCUAAAACAGCCGUCAUCACUCCUUUCGGUUUGUUUGAAUUUUUAAGAAUGCCAUUUGGACUGUGCAACGCCGCACAAACCUUCCAACGCUUCAUCCACGAUGUUACUCGUGGCCUAGACUUCGCCUAUUCCUACCUCGAUGAUAUUUUAGUAGCCAGUUUAUCGGAACAAGGGCACCUCGAGCAUCUUCGAACUCUCUUCCAGCGCUUGACCCAACACGGUGUCACAGUCAACCCGACUAAGUGCGAACUCGGUAAAUCAACGGUAGAAUUCCUAGGCCACCUCGUUUCAUCGUCUGGUAUCGAAGUCCUUCCUGAUAAGAUCCGAGCAAUGAAGGACUUCCCAGCUCCGACUUCGUUCAAGCACCUCCGUCGGUUUUGUGGUUUUGUCAACUACCAUCGACGCUUCAUUCCGCGCUGCGCUCAGCUUAUGCAGCCAUUGACUGACUUACUCAGAGGAAAUGAACGUAAGUUCGCUUUCCCUGACACAGCACAGGCAGCCUUCGCCGAGCUCAAGGAUGCUAUCUCCAACAUAGCCCUCCUCGCUCAUCCGGAAUCGACUGCACCUCUUUCUAUUACGACUGAU